CCUAACAAAUUUGCACCGCAUAAAAAACGUAUAAUGUUUUGAAUAUUUGUUGUCCUGUGAUUAAAGUAAAAUCAGAGAUUUUUGAUAUGAAUGAACCAACAGAAGAUCUUUCAUCCACAAUAAUAACAUCUUUUAGACAUGAUAUCGUAAAAGAGGCGCUAAAAACUAAAUUUUCUAAUCCAAAAACCAAAAUAUCUGACGAUGCCUUAGAAAUAGUAUGCGAAAUUUCCAAAGCUCUUGUUUUAGAAGCUGCCUACAGAUCUGCAAAACAAGCAUCUUCAGAAAACAAAACUGUAGUAACAGUGGAGAAUGUGGAAGCAGUAUUAUCACAAUUGAUGUUGGACUUUUUUUAAAUUAUUUUGUACAAAUAAAUAAACACAAAUUACAAUAA